AUGGCGUUCACGCCCACUGAACAGCCCUCCUCUACCUCUACCUUCCCUUCGCGCCAGAAGCCUAUUCCCUAUUCGACCGAGAACGGCAAGCGGACGCCCCUCUCAUCCAUCCUCCCGCCCCUCAUCUUCGGUACCGCAACCUUCAACCACCAGUUUAACAGCGAUCCGUUUGCCCUCGAUACCGUCGGUCUCGUAACUUCUGCCCUCACACACGGCAUCCGCGCCUUCGACACAUCGCCCUACUACGGCCCCUCCGAAGAGCUACUUGGCAAUGCGCUCGCUACACCUUUCGUCCGCGAGACGUUCCCUCGCGCCUCCUACAUGAUUUUGACAAAGGUAGGGCGCGUGAAAGGAGACGAGUUCGAUUACUCGGCACGGUGGGUCCGCCAGAGCGUACAGCGCAGUCUGGAGAGACUGCACACAGAUUAUCUCGACCUGGUGUACUGCCAUGACAUCGAAUUCGUCUCAGCCGCCGAAGUCCUAGAAGCAGUCACCGAGCUGCGCAAGCUGAGAGACGAGGGCAAGAUCCGCUACGUCGGCAUCUGCGGCUACCCUCUCGACGUGCUGGGCGACAUGGCCGAGAUGCUGCUGCGCGAGACGGGCGAACCCAUAGACUGUGUGCAAUCCUACGCGCAUUUCAACCUGCAGAACCAAACCCUCGGCGGCCCGCGUGGCAUCGAACGCUUCCACAAGGCCGGUGUAGACGUUACGACCAAUGCCUCAUGCUUGGGGAUGGGCCUCCUUCGCCGCGAAGGCGUUCCAAUAGGCGGGCUGGGAGACUGGCACCCCGCGCCGCGCGAGCUCCGCACCGCCGUUCAUGAAGCAUCCAAAUUCUGCGACUCCCACUCUGAGAAGAUAGAAGUCAUCGCCAUCCGCUGGGCGCUCGAGACGUGGGUCUCAAAGGGUGCACUGUGCGGCUCCCCGCGGCGACCCCGCUUCCGGCCUCCCCUGGAAGCAUGA